AAUGUCCAGCAAGGCGGAAAAGAUAAACGGUGCUGUUGGGUAUGCGUCCCGUGUCCUGCCGGAGAGGUUUUAGAAGAUGACGGCGGGAGCUGCAGGAAGUGUCCUCUAGGCUCUGCUCCCGACGAACAAAAAAUUGGUUGCCCACCUCUACCCGUAGAAUACGUAAAGUGGUUCGACACACAAGCCAUCGUAGCCAUGAUGUUUUCCUCAAUGGGCUUCCUUAGUACAUCGACCGCAUUCUUCGUCUUCUUGAAAUACAAUAACACCCCAGUCGUGAAGUCAUCGACCAAAGAGCUCUGCUACAUCAUUCUAGCCGGCAUGACCUUGUCACACGCCUCUAUUUUUGCUAUAUUAGCAAAACCUUCGCCUGUGUCUUGCGCCCUAACAAGAUUCCUUCCCGGAAUAAGCUUCGCGAUGAUCUACGCCGCCUUGCUCACAAAAACGAAUAGAAUAGCGCGGAUUUUAGCGGGCAGCAAGAAACGUUUUCCCACGAGAAAACCGAUGUUCAUGUCGGCGGCCGCUCAGGUUGUUAUAACACUCUUCCUAAUUGCUAUAGAAGUUUUUAUAGCAGGCAGCAUGCUCCACUACCAGGCUUCCGACAUAAAAUACGUGUAUAUGAGCCACAAGACGUUGUUAGAAUGCAACACGACGCCGGAAGGCAUCGUGACUCCGCUGUCGUUCGAUUUCGUCCUCAUUUUGCUGUGCACGUUGUACGCUGUAAAAACCCGGAACGUACCGGAAAAUUUCAACGAGGCUAAAUUCAUCGGUUUCGCCAUGUACACUACUUGCGUCAUUUGGAUAGCUUUCGUCCCGAUUUACUUCGGAAGCGACUCGAAAGUAAUAACGAUGAGCAUGUGCGUUACUCUGAGCGCGAUGGUAACGUGGAUAUUCCUGUUCGUCCCGAAAAUGUACAUAGUUUUAUUUAGGCCGGAAAAAAAUAAUCGGGCGCUCUUCACUACCACUAAAAUUAGGUGCCACAUAGGAUCGAGGGUGGCCUCGGCGGUAUCGGAGAAGAGUUCCACGAACAGCUGGAGAGAGAGCAGCACUUCGAUAAGGGACAUAGAGAAAUGUAACAGGGAAUUCGUUCCGCAGAAAAGGACGUUGUCUUGUCAGACAGGAAGUGAGCUACUUCAAGUUCUCUUCAACCCGAAAGUCCUUAUGGAGGCGUGCUCGCCUAUUCACAACUCGUGUGUGCCGAGGAUCACGGAGAGGGAUUGCUGCGAGGCCGACAGCUGCCAAGUUAAAAAUAUCACCAUUAAAUUGCCAGACAAUCCUAUCGACUUUAAUUGCUUAACCGAUUUAAAUUUUAGUCAAAUGUAGUUGAGAGCUGUAGUUUUAAUUUCGUAAGGUAGUUAUAUUUUCUCUAGAUUUACAACGAUUUUUGCAUAAAUAUUCAGAUGGUCAAUAACAUCAAAAUGGGCAACUCCAUAUACAGAAAGUUUCAUCACGUAUAGAGCGAACUUGAGGAUCAGAUAGAAUAAGUAUUAUUAAUUAAAUUUUUAUAUUAGACUGAUGCAUAAAAGCAUAAGUCACAUCGAAAGGAUAAUGUUUAAAGAUAGUAUUAUUUAAAUAUCUUCUUUUAAUAGAUACAUUGCAUUAUUUGUUUUAUGAAAAUUUGGGUCAUUUCUAUUGGUUUUAAAAAGAAGAAAGUAUCAAAGCAAAAAGUACAGAAUUACUUCCAAUACUUUUGUUUGGAUUUGAAAAUAUUGGAAUUGCAACGAUGAUACAAAAAAUAUUUUUCAUCCAAUUUUAUCAUGCAGGUUGCAAACUGAGAAACGUCGGGAAGAGAAAUGUCACUAUUCAGAUAUCAUGUCAAGUACCUACCUAAAACGACUGACCUUGAAAACAUGAACUACUACUGAUUACUCUGUCUGUGAAGUAUAUAAGAAAUGACAUCAAACCAAGAUAUUAAUUAAUGAAGCGUAGUCAAAUUGCAUUUUUAUGGCCUCGCCAGUCAACAGACUUCGGCCAUCAAAAGUUCAAGUAUAAAAGUGCAACUUUUUAGCCUAUUUAAAUAAAUAAAUAUGGGAACUAAAAACUAACUGCAAAAUUCCACUAUUUUGUAUUUAUUUCCUUGGACGCAAAACAGAACGUAACUCAAAAAUUAAUUAGAAUAACUGAAUUAUUUAUCAAAAUCAGUCACCCUAAAAAUGUCACCUAAUAAAGGAGGAGAGUCACUGGAAAAUUUUAAAAAAUGGAUGAUUUUCUAGCUUGGGAUCAGACAACCAAAAAUCAAUCGAUUUUAGCCCAAAUGGACCCACCCCACACCAUUGCCUUACAUACCCCCCCAAUAACCGAUCCAUAUCCAACUACUAUGACAGGUAGUAAUGGUAGAAAAAUGUCUUUUUACACAUCCCUAGAGCCAUAAAAGCAAUAUUCACUUAUUUAGGGGCGAAACAGACCCUACCCACCUUCCCCUACGACGUCCAACUAUUAUAGUCCACAGUACAGGCCCCCUCUGAAAAGUUGA